AACAACAUGUAAACAAGCCGGUACGAAGCAGGCCUAGGCAGGAUCGUCUCAGAGGGAAGGACGUGGCCAGAGAAAGGCUUCUUGCAGAAGGUGGGACUUUGGCUGAGAGUGGAAGGAAGCAGAGAAGCCAGGACGUAGAGAUGAGGAGGGGGAGAAUUCCAGCCGUGGGGGACAGGCAGGGAAAAUGCCCGAGCGAGCGCCAUUGCUUGGUCCCAGCUCUGGGCUUGGCUAUGGGUCCCAGGGAGACUCCCUGCCUGUCAGUGAGGAGGAAGACCUACGCCGGCGUCUCAAGUAUUUCUUUAUGAGUCCCUGUGACAAGUUCCGGGCCAAGGGUCGAAAGCCCUUCAAGCUGAUGCUGCAGGUUGCCAAGAUCCUCAUCGUCACCAUCCAGCUCAUCCUGUUUGGGCUCAGUAACCAGAUUGUGGUGAUGUUUCGAGAGGAGAAUACGGUGGCUUUCAAGCAUCUCUUCCUCAAGGAUUAUACAGAUGGGGCUGAUGAUAGCUAUGCUGUCUACACUCAGGCUGACCUCAACCAGUCCAUCAUCUUUGCUGUGGACCAGUACUUGCAGAUCCCUGAGCAGUCCCUGGGCAGAUAUGCCUAUGUGCCUGGUGGGGGAGGCCCUGGGGCAAACGGCUCGGCCCUAGCUUUGUGUCAACGGUAUUAUCGCCACGGGCACAUCGACCCUGCCAACGACACCUUCAACAUUGAUCCGAUGGUAGUCACUGAUUGCAUCGGAGUGGACCCUGCAGAGCGGUACCCUCUGCCCCCAGACCAGGAGAUCUUUCUGUCCCCAUCAGGAGGCAGUAGCUACAAGAACUUCACACUCAAGUUUCACAAGCUGAUCAACGUCACCAUCCGUUUCCAGCUCAAGACCAUCAACCUGCAGACCAUUAUCAACAAUGAAAUCCCGGACUGUUAUACCUUCACCAUCCUGGUUACAUUUGACAACAAAGCCCACAGUGGGCGAGUCCCUAUCAGCUUGGAGACCAGUGCCCACAUUCAGGAAUGUAAACACCCCAGUGUCUUUGGGCACGGAGACAACCGGUUUCGCCUCUUCUUUGACGUGGUCGUGAUUCUGACCUGCGCCCUGUCCUUCCUGCUCUGUUCCCGUUCGCUGCUUCGUGGUUUCCUGCUGCAAACUGAAUUUGCCCGUUUCCUGCGUUGCCGCCAGGGUCAUGCCUUGAGCCUGUGGGAGCGGCUGGAGUUUGUAAAUGGCUGGUACAUCCUUCUCGUGGCCAGUGACGUACUCACCAUAUCUGGCACUAUCAUGAAGAUUGGCAUUGAGGCCAAGAACUUGGCCAGCUAUGACGUCUGCAGCAUCCUGCUGGGCACCUCCACUCUGCUUGUCUGGGUUGGCGUAAUCCGAUAUCUUACCUUCUUUCAGAAAUACAAUAUCCUCAUUGCCACGCUCCGAGUGGCCUUGCCCAGCGUCAUGCGUUUCUGCUGUUGCGUGGCUGUCAUCUACCUAGGCUACUGUUUCUGUGGCUGGAUAGUAUUGGGGCCGUACCAUAUGAAGUUUCGUUCUCUCUCUAUGGUGUCCGAGUGCCUGUUCUCACUCAUCAAUGGGGAUGACAUGUUUGUGACUUUUGCGGCCAUGCAAGCGCACAGUGGCCUGGUCUGGCUUUUCUCCCAGCUCUAUCUCUACUCCUUCAUCAGCCUCUUCAUUUACAUGGUUCUCAGCCUCUUCAUCGCUCUCAUCACUGGCUCCUAUGAGACUAUCAAGCAGCACCAGUCCGAGGGCGAGGCCCAGGGCAGCCAGCUGCAGGCCUACAUCGCCAAGUGUCAGGACAGCCCCACCUCUGGCAAGUUCCGGCGCGGCAGCGGCAGCGCCUGCAGCCUCUUGUGCUGCUGCUGCUCCAGGGAACCCUUGCAGGAAAACUCCCUGCUCGUGAACUGACCGCGGAAAAGUCACGCGAGGUUUUUAGCCCCUCGUGGGAUUGGACUGGACGCUUCCAGCGCCGUAUUUAUGGUUUUAGGGUUUGCUUUUAGGAAGUGACUCGUGGGGCCAAGGGAACUCCGCCACCCCAGCGGGACUUCGGUCCCCGAGGCCCGGCG